UUCUGGUGCCCCCCGCCUCGAUAUUGCUGGAAUAUUGCUAAAAGCGGCGUAAAACUAAACUCACUCACUCUGCCUGACCAAAGUACCCAACUACCUCAUUUCUCCUGAAUAUUAAUGGCUAAAUCGUUCAGCGGUUCUACCUUAUUAAUUUGUGAGGUGGUUAGAUGUAUUUACAACUUCAAAGUUUUCAUCAUUUUGUGGGUAGCCAGAAGGCCUAUCUAGAUACUUAGUCAGGAAAAAGGCCAGGAGGUCCUUUCACGAAGCAACCUUUACUAAGGUUAACCUUACAACCUUUAACCUGACUGGAAGUUAAACCUUAAGUAAGUGCUUUGUGAAAGGAGGCCCAGAUCUCAAUGCCCAGAUAAAUACAGAUAUCACCAUCAUUUGUGCUGCUGAAUUUGUUGAAGCUUAUUUCGCCUGACAGUUAAUACUUUAGUAUAUACCGUGAGUGCGGAGUUACAAAAUGGCGGCCUCCACAGAAGGCGUGAAUUAUUAUCGAUUGCUGUCAUGAUGUAAACUUGGCACAGAUUGUGUGGGAGUGUUACAUUCAGCCAUGCUGGGCGACAUCCUGAGGGGACAGGAAAGAUCUCCACUGGUUUUAAUUGAAGAUAGCUGUGAUCUGCCAGGACGUCAUGUCAUCCUCAGUGUUGUCAACUGCCUUGCUCAAAGGCUGGAAAAGGUUGUUUUAAUAACAUAUGAAAAGCCGUCAAGGUACUUUAGAGAUACUCUUCCUGAAGACCUUCAACAGAGAGUUGAGAUUGUUGACUGCAGCGAUGACCCAUUGGGAUGGCAGCGUGGGGGGUCACCCUCUAUUGAUGGGGAAUUUCUCAAGAUUGUUGAAGGUGUUAUUUCCCCUGGGAUUAAGUGUGUGGGACUUGUGAUAGACUCGCUGACUCUACACAUCUUGAACCGACCCCCACCUUACACAUGCCAGAACCUACAUGCAGUAAGGAGUGCCAAAAUUAAAGAUUGUGAGAUCUCCCAGACCGUGUGUCUAGUACAUCGUGAUCUCCAUGACGACACAACUGUUGGACUCAUAGAACAUAUGGCGACAACCGUCAUUAAACUGUCGCCAUGCAAGUCAUGUGACUUCCAGCACUCCUGCUGCAUUGUGCACCAGCGGGCGUCUGGCAAAGUCAUGAAAGUGGUAGAAAACUUCAACAUGGAUGACAAGUUCCUCCUGAAGGAGGUGUGUGAGGCUGCGCCCACCUUCACUAUGGUGAUGCCGGACUCUGUCUCACAGGCUGAUCCUGCAGCAAACCUGCCGUUCAACCUGAGUCUGACGGACAGCGAGAAGGCAGCAAGAAGCCAGGUGAAGCUGCCCUACAUUAAGGAUAACGAAGGGGCGAAGUCUGAGCCGCAGGGAGGAGGGAAGAUCUUCUAUCAGCCCGAUGAUGCAGAUGACUUUGAUGAGGAAGACCCUGAUGAAGACCUGGACAUCUGAACAGCAGGAACUCAGACAGUCAGAACGCUGAUAUCCGAAGGACCAAAAGAAUGUUAGACAAUCAUAAUAAUGUCCAGUUCUGUUGGUUGUUGUUGCAGUUAUUUUCGGGGACACGUAUCUUGAGAAUGUUUCGUCUGAAUGUCUGUUUUCUCUGAAUGUCUGUUUUGUGUACAUCUUGUGCUUUCUGCGACUGAAGAAAUAGUAAACAAGGGCAAAUAAUAUGGGAUAUACUGUUGAUUGAAACUCCAAAACAAGUUCAUACUUUUAUGAUAACCCAAAAGUGUAAUUAGGAAUAAACAUUGUUUUUAUAUAUUCAGAUUUAACACAGACAACACUCAUAUGUAUUUUUAGGCAAGAUUCUUUUUUUCAACUUCGACUUAAAAUUGAAUUGUGAAAAUUUAAAUAUUAAUGUAAAGCUAUUGUAUUUUGAUUUCAUCAACAAAAAGAAAUAAAAUGAGGAAAAAAACAACUUCUUUGCUGUUGGAAUAAAUAUAAAUUGUUAUAUACAACUUUACGUAUAUAAAUUGAUAUAAAAUACUAUGAAUAAAAUGUGUUGCAAUUUUAUUUUCAAACCUCCCAUUGGUCAUGUUUCUUUUUAAAAUAAUUUUUCCCAAAUCAAAUUUGUUUUGGCAAAUCACAAAGAAACUUUCAAUUGGAAUUUUUGUGUUGAUAUUUUCAUCCUUCUGAUAUGAAUUGUUUUGAAAACUGCUCCUUAAUUCAAUUCAAUUGUUUAUUCCAGUAUAAAGGCCAUCGCCCCAUGUACACCAAUGUAUACAUUUUUGGCGAGAUUAAGCAUCAAGGAUUGUCUUUCUUUUAAGAAGUGCAAGUUUUACAAAUUGUGCAAAGUUAUGAAGGAUAGUAUUAUUUGUACAGGAGAAUAAUUUAUAGUAAACAGCGAUGUUAACAUUUGCAAGACAGUGUUUUGGUACAUGUAAAGGUCUUAAAGUAUCAUAAACUGGGCAAAUGUGACACAAAUGGUAUUCGUCUUCAACGCUAUGGUAAUCACAGACUUGGCAUAUUCUGUCUUCUUACAGUAAUCCUACCCAGAGUUCGGUAUUAACUCCCAAUGGUAGUUUUGAUGAUCUGAGAAGGAAGAGUAGACUGUGUUCUCAUUUAGUUGAAGCUGACAAGUAAAAUUCUAUGUUCAGUAAAGAUUUGAAAUGUUGGCAAUACCGUGUCAACUAUCUGCUAGUGUGUUUUAGUUAUUCCGAGGCAUUUUACGUUAAAGAAUAAGUGUGAUGUCAGUAUAAUAGGGUUGGGUAUUGCCAAAAUUUUCAUAUUGCGAUAUAUUGUGAUAUGUGUUGGCGUAUUGUAACAUGUAUUGCAAUAUAUUGUGAAAGUGUAACAGAUGGUUUAAGGUAAUAAAAUUACUGUUUCCUUUCUUUUGAAAAAAUGACACUGGCCACUGUCAGGACUCAGAUGUGAUUGUACAAGGGAUCAAUUGAAAAUGUUUCCAAAUUGAAGACUUUGCUCCAAAGAUUGGAAAUAGAGUAGAAGCGUCUGCAGCGGCGUCCGCCAUUUUGGUUUGUUUAUCCCUACAACGAGAGCCGGUUCAUUCUCAAAACUAUUAAUGUAUAAUGAUAUAAAGGAAAUAGAAAUGUUAUUAGUAAUUUUUACUUCAUCACGAAAAUUACUGAUCAUGAUCACGGAAAUUGGCGAUUGUAUCGGGUGAACCGGUUCGCGGAAAGUGUACCGCAUCAUAUCACAUUGUGAAGUUUGAAUUGUAAUAUACCGCUUGACCGGUAUUAUCGCCCAUCCCUAGUCAGUAAGGUCAUACAUGUUGCCUAGUAACAAUAAUUAUUGUCAGUUCAUAUUGUCUCCAUGAUCUGUAUUAUUGUUGUUGAGCUGAAAGUGCAGAUAUAUCUAGUAACUCUGACAAUGCUGAUACAUAUUGUAAACACUGAUGCAGAUAUAUCACGUAACUCUGACAAUGCUGAUACAUAUUGUAAACACCGAUGCAGAUAUAUCACGUAACUCUGACAAUGCUGAUACAUAUUGUAAACACUGAUGCAGAUAUAUCACGUAACUCUGACAAUGCUGAUACAUAUUGUAAACACUGAUGCAGAUAUAUCACGUAACUCUGACAAUGCUGAUACAUAUUGUAAACACCGAUGCAGAUAUAUCACGUAACUCUGACAAUGCUGAUACAUAUUGUAAACACCGAUGCAGAUAUAUCACGUAACUCUGACAAUGCUGAUACAUAUUGUAAACACUGAUGCAGAUAUAUUUAGUAACUCUGACAAUGCUGAUACAUAUUGUAAACACUGAUGCAGAUAUUUCUAGGAAUCACAAAGGAUACAGAUACAUUUAGGAAACACCACAUGCAGAUAUAUAUGGGAAGCACCAGGGAUAAAUCUUGUAAACCAGGAAUAGAGAGUUAUCAAGGAAACACCAAGGAUGCAGAUAUAUCGAGGAAACACCAGCAUUGCCAAUAUAUCGAGGAAACACCAGCUUGCCAAUAUAUCGAGGAAACACCGGGAAUACAGAUAUAUCAAGGAAACACCAGCAUUCCCUAUAUAUAUGAGACACAAGAGCUACAGAUAUAUACGGAACAUAACAGCAUUGCCCAUGUAUCUAGGAAACAGCAGGGCUACAGAUAUAUCUAGGAAACAACAGGGCUACAGAUAUAUCUAGGAAACACCAGCAUUCCCUAUAUAUAUGAGACACAAGAGCUACAGAUAUAUACGGGACACAACAGCAUUGCCCAUGUAUCUAGGAAACAGCAGGGCUACAGAUAUAUCUAGGAAACAGCAGGGCUACAGAUAUAUCUAGGAAACAACAGGGCUACAGAUAUAUCUGGGAAACAGCAGGGCUACAGAUAUAUCUAGGAAGCAACAGGGCUACAGAUAUAUCUGGGAAACAGCAGGGCUACAGAUAUAUCUGGGAAACAGCAGGGCUACAGAUAUAUCUAGGAAACAACAGGGCUACAGAUAUAUCUGGGAAACACCAGCACUACAGAUAUAUCUGGGAAACACCAGCGCUACAGAUAUAUCUAGGAAACAACAGCGCUACAGAUAUAUCUGGGGAACACCAGCGCUACAGAUAUAUCUGGGAAACACCAGCACUACAGAUAUAUCUGGGAAACACAAGCGUUACAAAUAUAUCUAGGAAAGAACAGGGCUACAGAUAUAUCUAGGAAACACCAGCGCUACAGAUAUAUCUAGGAAAUAACAGGGAUUCAAAGCUCAGACAAACUGGCCUACCUUUAAAGAUAGUGCAGUUUGUUACACUUCCUAUCUCUUGGCAUUAUUGGGGCGGUGGGGUAGCCUAGUGGUUAAAGCGUUGACUCGUCACGCCGAAGACCCGGGUUCGAGUCCCCACAAGGGUACAAUGUGUGAAGCCCUUUUCUGGUGUUCCCCGCCGUGAUGUUGCAGGAAUAUUGCUAAAAGCGGCGUAAAACCAAACUCAGUCAGUCAGUCUUGGCAUUAUUGCUUUCUCCUCACAAUCACAAUCACAGCCAAGAGCAAGGUUAAGUUUCAUGUCAUCAUCCUCAGACAAAAACAAUCAUCCAUAUUUUUGCUAUCUGCUUUGGCUAUUGUCAUGGUGGUAUGUUUGUGAACAUUCAGUGAUGUUAUAACCUGGGUAUGUUAUCCCGCGAACGUGAUGAUGUUAUUUUGUUGUAAUUUACAUGCCAUAUGUGCUAUUUUGAGAUUAAACAUGUACAACAUUUAA